AUGCCAUCCAAGAUAACGAUCAAAGACUCCGACGCUAAAAGUCAUAUGUGCAUGUUUUGCGGAGAAAAACAGUCAAAGCUCUCCAGACACUUGAUGAGAAAACACAAAGACGAGAAGAUUGUGGCAGAGGCGAUGGCACUCAAGGAUAGGUCAAGGGCGUUCGAGAGAAUACGUCUUAGGGGAGACUAUCAUCACAACUGCAACGUUUUAGCCCUCGGCGAGGGAGAGUUGAUCGUUGUAAGAAACCCCGCAGGAAAACACCCGUCCAAUGCCUCGUCAUUUUUGCCCUGUCCAGAUUGCCUUGGCUUCUUCAAAGCCGACGAGCUUUGGCGUCACUGCAAGCGCUGCGUACACAAAACAUCAGAGACUAAGAAAUGGAAGAAGGUGCAGCGUGAAGCCAAGCUUCUGCUACCGGCUGGUUCGAUCUCAACGGCAGAUGACGGCAAGGAGCUAUAUUCGAGUGUACUUUCUGCCAUGAAAAACGACAACAUCUCCUUCGUGGCGAAGCACGAUAAGGUAAUUUUGCAGUUCGGAGCUUCAAUCUUGGAAAAGGUGGGGAGGAAAAACGCCAACUACGUUUCCCAAAGGAUGCGUCAGCUGGCCCGGCUUCUGAUGACACUGCGGGCGAGGAGCCAUGAGGAAGAAGCAGCGCUUCAGAACUACAUUGACACCGCAAAGUUUGAUGAGCUGAUAGAGGCGGUCAAAGAGUUGUGUGGAUUCGACCAGGAAUCACGACUGAAUGUAGGGAUUCCUUCUCUAGCCCUUAAGCUAGGGCACAGUAUUAAGCGCUGUGCCCAAGUCGUUAAGUGUUCUGCCCUGCGGAGCAAAGACGAGAUUGUGAUCAAGCAAGCCAAGCGUUUUAUUGACCUUUUCGAAAGCGAGUGGACCGCUAAAGUUAGCUCGCGGUCCCUCGCUUCGUUAGGGUCAAAAAAACAAAAUAAAGUUGAUUAUCUACCCCUGGCAGAGGAUCUUACCAGACUUAAAGAUCAUCUCGAUUCCAAGAUGGAGUCUUUAUCAUCCGCAUUGACAGCAGAAGGCUCUGCCGUGAACGUUGAACAGUGGGCCAAUCUAGCCAAGGCAACCUUGACCCGUGUUAUACUAUUCAACAAGAGGAGAUCCGGAGAGACCGCGACGCUUCAAGUUAACCAAUUCGUAAAUCGCCCCAAUUGGAGCGGUUGCAACAGCGAUAUGAAGAAGGCUUUGUCGCCUCUAGAAAGGCGACUUUGUGAAAGGUAA